AUCUAGAGAACAAAAAAAGAGUGAAUUUUAAGUUUUAUAUAUCCUUUCACUUAAAAUGUUUUGUAGAUAAACAACAAUACUCAGCAUAUAAAAACCGUGCAAUGUUGAAACAAACACUGUGAUUUGUCUACGUGAUUCUUAUACUUUAAAAAAUAAACAAUUCUUAUGAAACCAUCAAAAAGAACCAUAGAAUGGACAAAUAUCAGUUUCUUUCAUCAGUUCGCCAUUGCAGGAGUGUUACCACUUAUUUAAAAAUAGCUAGGCUGAUUUGCUUUAGGGGAAUAGAAAGUAGCAUAAUUCAAGCUUUUCUGCAUCUUAGCAUCAACAAAUACGAUUUUUUUUUAUCGGCAUAUAUAUUAGUCAGAGAUUUUGAAAUAUUUGAACAAAUUCAAGCUUUUGUGCCCAUAAUCAACAAUCAAAGAAAAUUGUGCAACCAAAUAAUAUUUUAUUGGUUUUACUUCUAUAUAAGGUGGAGCAACAUUUAUUGCAAGAAAACUGGAAUAGUUACUACAUGCUCAUCAUUGAUGAGAACUUGCCGGCCUCGGCAUACCCAUCAGAUUCUAUUUUUCAAUUUUCUAUUCUAUGAAGGUCUAUGAAACUCUCUCAUCCCGGCUUUCUUUUAGUUGCAGUCACUUUCCACUGUAAAUAAAAGACAAUAAAUAAGUCAUUUAGGUCUCCCAAAAUGGCCCAGUCCUUUACAUUGUAAAGAUAGAUGCUGAUGUUAUAUUAAGAAAACCAAAAACUGAAAAGAGUGAGUAUGCCAGUGGUAGUUGAGAAGGAAACAUAGAAACCCUCUUGUGAAGCCGGCGAGGUUGCAAGUAACAUCUUACAAAUGGCAGUCAAUUAUUCAUCCAAGUCCAACUUAACCUUCACUUCACGGUUAUAUAUAUAUAUUUUCAAAGGGCAAUCAUGUAACUAGGUCCAUUUUCAUUUCGCUAUAAAUGUAAUGUAACCUCUUUGCUUAUUCAAUCCAAGUCCAAAGAGUUAAUUUUGUCUUCUAAGUUCUAACCCAAGCUAGAAAAUGCGUGAGAUUCUUCACAUUCAGGGAGGCCAAUGCGGGAACCAAAUAGGAACAAAGUUCUGGGAGGUGGUGUGUGAUGAGCAUGGGAUUGAUCCUACGGGGCAAUACGUAGGGAACACCGAACUUCAGCUUGAAAGAGUGAACGUUUAUUACAAUGAGGGCAGCAACGGUCGUUACGUGCCACGGGCAGUGCUUAUGGACCUUGAGCCUGGUACCAUGGAUGCUGCCCGCACAGGCGUUUACGGUCAGAUUUUCCGGCCGGACAACUUUGUUUUCGGCCAGUCUGGUGCCGGAAACAACUUCGCAAAGGGCCACUACACUGAGGGUGCUGAGCUUAUUGACUCUGUCCUUGAUGUUGUGAGGAAGGAGGUUGAGAAUUGUGACUGCUUGCAAGGAUUUCAGGUGUGUCACUCCUUGGGAGGGGGAACAGGUUCUGGAAUGGGAACUCUGCUGAUUUCGAAGAUAAGAGAGGAAUACCCUGAUCGAAUGAUGCUUACAUUUUCUGUGUUUCCAUCUCCAAAGGUGUCAGACACGGUUGUUGAGCCUUAUAAUGCUACACUCUCUGUUCACCAGUUGGUGGAGAAUGCUGAUGAGUGUAUGGUCCUUGACAAUGAAGCACUAUAUGACAUCUGCUUCAGGACCCUCAAGCUCACUACACCAAGCUUUGGAGACUUGAAUCAUUUAAUAUCAGCAACAAUGAGUGGAGUUACUUGUUGCUUAAGAUUUCCGGGUCAGCUCAAUUCAGACCUGAGAAAGUUAGCAGUAAAUUUGAUCCCAUUUCCACGACUCCACUUCUUCAUGGUGGGUUUUGCUCCUCUGACAUCUCGAGGAUCGCAGAACUACCGUGCAUUGACUGUCCCAGAACUGACACAGCAAAUGUGGGAUGCCAAGAACAUGAUGUGUGCAGCUGAUCCACGCCACGGUCGUUAUUUGACUGCCUCAGCGGUUUUCAGAGGCAAGAUGAGCACAAAAGAGGUAGAUGAACAGAUGUUGAGCGUACAAAAUAAGAAUUCUUCCUACUUUGUUGAGUGGAUUCCCAACAAUGUGAAGUCUAGUGUUUGUGACAUUCCUCCCAAAGGCCUUUCUAUGGCUUCGACUUUUGUUGGUAACUCGACAUCCAUACAGGAGAUGUUCAGGAGAGUGGGUGAGCAGUUCACAGCCAUGUUCAGAAGGAAAGCCUUCUUGCACUGGUACACUGGAGAAGGAAUGGAUGAGAUGGAGUUUACUGAAGCAGAGAGUAACAUGAAUGAUCUUGUUGCAGAGUAUCAGCAGUACCAGGAUGCAUCUGCUGGUGAAGAUGAUGAUUCUGGAGAAGAAGAAAAUGAGGUGAUGAGAGUUGAGGAUGUUCGACAAACUUGAUGCUUCGAAUGUUACAAGCGAUAUUUAAUCUAUAAUGUUCAGUUCUUUGGCUUUUAGAAGGUUGUGGUUGCUCCGUAAGUGUUUUCUUUCUUAUAUUUUUAUC